GGGCGCCCGAUGAGAUCACUCUGUCUUUAUGGCCAUUUCGAUAGAGUAACUCCAGUGUGGUAGUGAUACUCGUUCCGUCUUUUGAAAAUUCGGACUCAAUCAGCACCAAGCGUUCAGCAGAACGCAUUGGCCGUUGAACGUUGACAGCAAUUGUGUUUCGCUGUAGGUGUAGCGAGCCUCAACCUGAAAGCAAAGAUGCUUUUCUUUUCAAGCUUUUGCCUGCUCCUUUGCAUUCUGCCGCUGGCGGUGCUAUGUGCGGAGGAUUUUUACAAGUUACUUGGAAUAGACAAAUCUGCAUCGGAUCGCGAGAUCAAAAAGGCAUAUAGAACGUUGAGCAAACAGUUCCAUCCUGAUAAGAACCCAAACGAUGAAGCUGCGCACCACAAGUUCGUCGACAUUUCCGAAGCAUACGAGGUUCUAAUCGACCAGGAGACACGCAAGAUCUACGAUCAAUAUGGUCAUGAUGGCCUCGCGCAACACAAGCAAGGUGGUGGCCCGCAGCACCACGAUCCAUUCGACCUCUUCUCGCGCUUCUUUGGCGGAGGAGGGCAUUUCGGACACGGCGGUGGUCAGCGGCGCGGACCUGACAUGGAAGUGCGGGUCGAUGUACCACUACGAGACUUUUACAAUGGACAGGAGACUGAGUUCAGCAUUGAGCGUCAACAAAUCUGUGAGGACUGUGAAGGUUCUGGCUCGGCCGAUGGCCAGGUGGAGACGUGUUCCGUUUGUGGAGGUCGAGGCAUGAAGAUCCAGAAAAUGAUGCUGGCGCCGGGCAUCUUCCAGCAGAUGCAGAGCAUGUGCGAUUCAUGCGGGGGCAAAGGCAAGACAAUCAAGCAUGCAUGCCCCGUGUGUAAGGGAUCCCGUGUCGUCAAAAAGGCGUCCUCGCACAGUCUCCACAUUGAGAAAGGAAUGCCAAGGGACAUGCGCAUCCCCUAUGAGAAUGAAGCCGACGAGAGUCCAGACUGGGUUGCCGGCGACUUGGUCGUCCAUCUGUCUGAGAAAGAGCCUGAACUGGGCCGGGAAGACGAGGAAAGAACCGAUGGAACGUUCUUCAGGAGAAAAGGAAAGGAUCUCUUCUGGCGAGAAGUUCUCAGCUUGCGCGAGGCUUGGCUCGGCGAUUGGACUAGAAACCUUACACAUCUGGACGGGCAUGUCGUUCGUCUCGGACGUAAGCGCGGCCAGACCGUGCAGCCGAAUUCCGUCGAGGUUAUUCCAGAGGAAGGUAUGCCGAUUUGGCACGAGGAAGGCGGCCAUUCUGCCGAGGAAUUCGGUGCGCUGCACGUCGAGUACGUUGUUGUGCUGCCUGAUCAAAUGGACAAGGCAAUGGAAAAGGAGUUUUGGGGUGUCUGGGAAAAGUGGAGAAAGAAGUCGGGCGUGGAUCUGGCAAAAGACAGCGGAAGGCCUGUUAAAUCCAGCCAUGACGAGUUGUAGAGAGUUUCCCAUCAGUUCAGGGGGCGAAGAAGCAGCGGUGUAAGGCGUGAUGAAUCCUGGUGAGCGUAAUGAAUCGGUGUAUGUUCUUUCUUUUUCUGCGUCUCGAGGCAAGCUCACUAUAGACUCAUUUGUACAAGUAGCAUAUCAAGGCGCAUUGUCUUUUAUUUGUCCCAUGUGAGUUGCAGCACGGUCUGUACCAUCAAGU